AUGGAUGCUGAAUACACCUCGGCAUCUAGCUCUUCCAAAUCUAGCUUUGACCUCCCCUCCACACCUAAGACCCAGUCAGUUGCUGUGAUUAAACAGCCUCGAAGCGGUUACAAACACUGUUGGGGAUGUUGGGCUCAUUGGAAGCGACUCCCGACAGGACUGAGAUUGCUUCUAGUUAUAUUCAGCUUAGUCGUCAUUUUAGUUGCUACGGGUUGGUUCGGCGGCUCGUAUCUGGCAGCUAAGAACCGCAUCGAAAAGAAAAGACUGGCAAAGCUUGAUGCCGGGAAUGCCUUGCACUGGCGUGCCUUGAUAAUGGCCCUGCCCAGCGAGUCUUCCGUGAUCCCUCGGUCUACUGCCAUACCGUCUCCUAGUGUUACCAUUCCGAUUUAUGUCUUCACAGAUCCUGCACGAAAUACAUUUUUGACUAAGGUCUGUGUCGUUACGUCCACGAACGGUGUCGUCUCCCUCGCUCCCUCUAUGGGCGCGACAAGAAAGAUUUGA